AUAGACGCCUAAUGUUCUAGUUUUUGGGAACUCUACUGUUGCCAAACAUUAGCGCGUUUACAUCAGUUUUUUAAAUGCCAUAACGAGCAUGAAAAACAUGUUAUGUCCCGGGCACCAUCUAUCUUCGCCACUAUUUCUGAAAUAAUAUCAUAUCUCAAAGGGCGGAUUCUUUCUACCGGGAUAAGAGCUAAAUAUAGGAUGGACCAGAUUCCGAAUUCUUUAUUGGAAACAUCUAGCUUCAACCAAAGUGAACUGAUUAUUAGCUUCAACCAAAGUGAACUGAUUGAUAGGUCGUACCAAAGUGAACUGAUUGAUUUAUCAGAAGUUGGCCAGUACCAUAAACUUUUGGGGGAUAUUGUGAAGAAAUUCGAAUCAAAAGAUUCAAAACCAAAAUCCUGCUCCACACCAGACACGACUAGAAAAUCAACAUCGUUUUCUUCUACCAAUACUACUCCAAUUCGCAAAAUUUCUCAGACUAGCACGCAACAUAAUAGUGGAAUUUUAGAUAGAAAUGAAGCUAAUAAUCAAAGUUCUUCUGGUGUUGUAAUACAGAAUACCAACGAAGAAAUUGCAGAAUGCAUAAAUUUUGUAUGUGUAUUGAUUUUUGGACUCAUUGGAUUCGGUGUGUUCCUCGUGUUGUUGGAAUUUGUACCGAAAUCUAAUGUGACUGCUGCCUUGUCCGUUAUUGGUGCGUGCUUGCUUUUGGUGCUCAUAUUUAGUUUCAUGAGUACAUUGACAAGAAACAGGACGCCUCUGAAUAGAAGAUGAAAACUUCUGAGAGAAGAAAAAAUUUUAUGUGUUUUUAAAAGACUUUUGUAUAUAUAUUUAUUACUUUUAUGCUUG